CUUCCUCCAUCGCCUUCAUCCAAGCAAGUCGUCGGGCUGUGGGGGGUCGUUAAGGUUUCUUAAUAGUAUGCGCUAUCAUUGCCUCAUGGUGGUGCUGCUCAUUACCACCACCGCCGCCACCGCAAAUCGUCCACCUCAGCAGCUAGGAUAUAAGCCAUGUCAGAUGGGCGAACGGCCACGUAGUGCGGCAGCCGCGUCUCACCCGCAUAAGAGAGAAGCUUUGUUAAGAAGAAGGAAGGGCAGUAAGUACAUCGAGAGCCAUCGAACAAGCGUAGGAGCGUAUAAAGGCUGGGGAGUGCGAAAAUAGUGCUGACUGCUGAAGGCCAAGGAACGUUCGUUGCAUUUCAUAUCUGGCUGAAAGAAAAGAAAAGAAAGGCUACCUCUAAUAGCG